AUGACCAACUCUGAACAAUCGGCUCCCUCUUCAAGUCCCCAAAAUUCUUCCGGCGAGCUGAGUCCUGUGGAUAUAUAUUUCCACCAAUUAUCAUCAAUAGAUCUCGAAGUGUUCAAAGAAUUGCCACCGGUCUGCUCAGACCUCGAUCAAACUAUCGUUCAAGCAAUCAUGACCGAUGUUUGCAAGUUUAAGCGCGCAGGAUUCCAGUGCAUCAAGAGCACCAAGAAGACCCCACGGGCAUCUCUGCCUUUACAAUCGGACUGGCUCAAGAUGAUCGGAGAGAGUGGGAAUUCAUCUGAGGGUCUGGAGCAGGUUGUCGGAAAGGUUCUGGAUGAUCCCCAGGCAACGAUACGCCCACCUAAACGCAAGAAUUAA